AGGAAAGGGGAAAAGAGAGCGCGAUCAAGAUAGAGAGAGCGAGCCCGAGUGUGUGUUCGUGUUUGUGUGCGCGCGCGCGCGCGCGCGUCCCCGUUGGUUGGACUCGGGUUUACGCGACAGAGGAGAGGACCGGAGCACACUGACGCGAGCGACGCAACUUGAGACUAUUCGGCCAAGAUCUUCCGUCUAAGGGCAGCAGGCGCCGGAGAGUCAUCGUCGAAGGAGACUGAGACGUGCGAGUGAUGUUCACGGUGUUCAACUCUCUUGCGAAAGCUGAAUGAGGAUCGCUGCGGGAGAAGUGGAAUAAAACAACACAAAUCAGCACACCCGGAGAGACGGACGGAUAUAUUCGGUAGUGUAGGAAAAUACAGGUGACCGAUACCUAGUGAACGUCAUAGAUCGAAGGACUGACAGGUGGGGCAUGAGAAACCGAGAAAGUGGCAGAGAGAAUGAAGACAGCUGGAAAACAAGGCCUGCCUCACAAUAAAGCCUGCUCCAAUUAGGACCUCUCGCGACGAGACAAGAUGAUGACAAGAAAUCUGCUCCUAUUGGUUUCCUUCUGCCUGUGGGACGGGCUGUGGGGCGGGGCUUUGCUCGGCAAGGUUGCGCGAAUGAGAGGGGGAGGCGGCCAGCACAUGAUGAAAAUAGAGGAAAGCAGACCUUCAGACCAAUGGGAGGGAAGCCUGGACGCCAAUGCCAUGCCUGUAGUGACUCUCAGGAAUCUGAUAAAUCACGCACAGGCGGGUGACGGCGGAGCUCUCGCUCACGCCAAAGCGCUGGCCAAUCACGACACUCCAUCGGCUGCCAUCAGGGAGAGGCUGGCUGUCAAGCCCAAGCGUGAGGUCGAGUCUGUCAACAAGAAGCAGGUGACCCUGCGCGGGGAUUUAAGUCAGGAUUACAAGAAAAUGAAGAACAAUAGUAAGAAUGUUGAGACGAAGAUCGGAAAAGCAAUCCCAUCGCACCGUAAGCUUGAUUUACAUUCCAAUAAAACCCGCAUCAGAUUAAGUUCAAAAGCCAAAAGCAGACCCGAGUUGAGUGUUUACGCAACAGGAGUGCCAGGAAAGGGCGUAAGCAUCGAAUCAAACCACAAACGGAACCUCAGUGGAAGUUACGAGGUUCUGCAAGUGCUGUCAAAAGAGAACCUGGUUCGAAUAGUCAAUUCCCAAAUGCAGAAUGUUCCCAUUUUGAACUUUCCCAGCAAGGGUAGCCGGAGCCGAAAGAGAGAUUUGAUUGACGUUAACCACAGACAAUUAGAGGCGCAGAAAUCGUCGAGACAAGAGUCGUCCAGCGCUCAGUCACACGCCUUUUUUGAUAAUCAGACUGCAAUCCCGUACCUAAAUCCCAUCGGCGCUCCGGAACUUAGUCGGGACCAGAGCUCUGACACUCACGUUAAUCCGAUGGCGACUGCCGCAGGGCAAGACGUUUUGGAGCUACCGGCUUCAGACGGUGGCGACGGCAAGAAACAACGUACCCCAAUGGUAUCAACACUUCUUGAAAAAGUAAACCUCAUCUCGGACCAAACAGAAUCCCCUCUUCAAUUGACAAAACGUCUCCCGCUGCAUGCUCCCUCCGAAACAAACGGCCCCACUCCAUCUGCGCUGACAAUGCAACCCCAGGGAAUGCGACCUGGAAACAGAACAGCAGAUUCCCACAGAGACCUAUUAACAGAGUCGGCUCACGCCGCUCAAAGGGAGCCCGGCACGGCUCGCUACUCGCUAGAUGAAGACAGAAAUCUCGUCAACAGCAGCCAUGUCCUGAGGCUCCAUCCGGCUGCGGAAUGGAGCCAUUCAGCCAAAGGUGCUGGAGUGCGGGUGCACCACCCGCACAAUGACAGCGGCCUCGUGUUUGAGGAAGCGGAGUCAGAGGACGAGGCCGGCGAUCCCUCCGAAGACAAGAGGUCACGCUCUCGCAGCAGGAGAAGCUGGAUCUGGAACCAGUUCUUUGUGAUCGAAGAAUACGCUGGACCUGAACCCGUGCUCAUUGGCCGGCUCCACACCGACAUGGACAGGAAUGACGGCCGCACGAAAUACGUCUUGCGAGGCGAGGGGGCCGGUUCCGUCUUUGUGAUCGAUGAGAAGACGGGUAACAUCCACGUCACCAAGCCGCUGGACCGCGAGGAGAAGGAUGAGUACCGUCUGAUUGCCACGGCCACCGACAGGCAGACGGACCGUGCCCUCGAACCGUCUUCGCAAUUCAUAAUUCGGGUGCAGGACAUCAACGACAACCCGCCUGUCUUUGACGAAGGCCCUUACAGCGCCACGGUGCCCGAGAUGGCAAAUAUAGGCACUUCCAUAAUCCAGGUGACAGCGACGGAUGCCGAUGACCCGACUUAUGGGAACAGCGCCCGACUUGUGUACACACUGGUGCAAGGCCAGCAGUACUUCUCCGUUGAUCCCCAGACAGGUAUUCUGCGCACGGCUGUGCCCGACAUGGACAGGGAAACCCAGGACCAGUAUUUUGUGGUUCUCCAGGCCAAGGACAUGGGAGGCCAUUUGGGAGGCUUAUCCGGGACCACCACCGUCACCGUGACGCUCUCUGACGUCAACGACAACCCUCCGCGCUUCACUCAGAGCAUGUGGUCCUUCUCCGUAUCCGAGCUGGCCGUCCCGGGGGCUGAAAUCGGACGGAUCUCGGCGAGCGACGCCGACCUCGGCGACAACGCCAAGUUGGAGUACACCAUCUUGGAGGGGGAGACCGGCGACACGUUCAACAUCACAGCGGUGAACCAAGAGGCGCUCAUCAUACUAAACAAGGCCGUAGACUAUGAAAGCCGCAGUUCCUACUCUUUCUCCGUGGAGGUUCUGAAUCCCACCGUGGACCCUCGCUUCUUGCGUCGAGGAUCGAUUAAAGACCGCGCUUCCAUCCGAGUGGCGGUGCUGGAUGCAGACGAACCUCCGAGGUUCUCCAGGGCACGAUACCACAUGGACGUUUCCGAAAACUGCCCCCCAGCCUGCACCGUGGGCCGAGUCAGUGCUGUGGACCCAGAUACGGGUCUGACGAAUAACAUCAGGUUCUCCAUUGAUCCUCAGUCAGACCCAGAGGCUCUAUUUCGCAUCACCCCAGACUCGGGCCUCAUCACGACAGCCAUGGAAUUAGACCGGGAACGUGAGCACUGGCACAACAUUACUGUCAUUGCCACCCAGAGAGACAACCCCAGCCAGGUGUCUCGGGUUCUGGUUGCUAUCGAGACGUUAGACUUGAAUGACAAUGCUCCCGAGCUGGACAGGCAAUACACCACGGCCAUGUGCGAUUCAUCCACCACUGGAAAGGUGGUGCAGGUGUUGCGGGCGAUUGAUAGAGAUGAAGGAGGGAAUGACAGCACGGUGUAUUUCAGCAUCCCUCCGGAGUCCAGCACUGCCCUCAACUUCAGUGUCAGGGACAGUGGUGGUCCCACGGCAAGCUUGGUCUUGCUGUCCCAGCUGCAGCCGCUGUCCCGUUCUCCGUCAUCCAGCGUAACGUUUUAUGUGCCACUGGUUCUAAGAGACGGGACGUCGGGUCUCACCAGCACCGGCACCGUCACGGUGUCCGUCUGCCCCUGCAUGAGAGGAGGGGCAAAGACCGGGGAGAGAGAGACGGGCAAACAGGCCGAGGGCGAAUGGGAGCGCGAAAGAGAAGCCGUUUGUCUCCCCCAGCACUCCACGUUGCCCUCGCCUGGCCUCAGCACCGCUGCUCUGCUGGCCAUAUUGGCAUGUGUUGCGACGCUCCUGGCGGUGAGCGCCCUGUCAUUGUCACUGAGGCGUCAGAAGCGCGACUCGCUGUCACCGCUGGAGGACGAUGACGUCCGCGAGAACAUCAUCACGUAUGACGACGAGGGCGGCGGCGAGGCCGACACGGCCGCCUUUGAUAUCGCCGCGCUCCAGAGCGCCCCCCACAGCUCACGCUCACGCGGCUAUCGCACGCUGGACAGCAGGAACGUACGCUACACCCAACGCGGACAGGAGAAAACUCGCACCUGCAGCUGGGCUCAGAAUCCAGUUGUUGAUCACAACUACUCAGGCCCGGGAGGACCCUUUUAUGGUCGCCUCUGUUACAGCAGCCACACACUACCUGUGCUACGCCGCACACCGGGCGAAACAUUGGAACCAGGUCUGGCAGAGCUUGGAUACCGCUUUCCCGGAGGCCAACCGGACCACUCGUUGGUCAUCCAAAACCAGGGGGCCAUGGUCGGACCCAUGGAGUCGGGGGCCGUGUACGUAACCUCCACAGAUCUCAGCGCGGGAAGCCGAACGGGAAGCCACGCGGGCAGCCGCGAUGGGGCUGCGACCCAGAGUGGCGUCAGCACAUCGGAUGAAGGAACGCCACGGACUAGUGGCAGCCAGGAGAAACGACGAGGGAUGGGAACCUCCAGCAACUGUACUGAGGAGAGCAGCGAAGAAAAAGUCAACCACGGUCACGAUAUGGACUGGUACUUCACCCUACCCAAACCCUGGACUGAAACCACUCGUGCUCACCUACAUCCCAUCCAGGUGCAGUCGGAGACACUGCCAAGGGAGCAUAACCUCGUCCUGACACGAUCCGGCUCCAUGAUUGGCCAGGGUCAUGGCGUAGGAGGCUGGGUGUGCGAUUCCGCCACCCUCCCGAUGGCGGGGCGGAAGGCCUCCCGCGCCGGCCUCUCUCCAAAAGGUGCCGAGUCGGAAUGCAACGGAGGAGGCGGAAGCGGAAGCGGGGCAACCUCGACCGACGGAAAACACAAAGCUAGCAAUGUUCGCAACUACGCCGCCGGUUUGCAGGGGGAGGUACGCAGGCAGAAGGAGCCCCACGGCAGUCUGGAGAGGGGAGGACUGGAGCUGGGGAGCAACUUUGUGGUGGCGAGGCCAGAAAGAGAAGGCGGUGGCAUACCACUGACCGGUAGUCCAACUGUCUACCCGGAGUCACCCGCAUUGAUUGGAGACUGGCGUGACCGGGUGGCUUUGGGUGGCUAUGUGUUGGCGAGAAUGGAUAUGACCCCCCAGCUUUUGCCCUUCCCCGGUCAGCCUCGGGGAGCUUACGGGGGAGUGCUGGGCGUCGGCCCCGGAUGGGUUCCUGGUAUUGAAGCGGCCAGAGCAGCACCGGGGACCGGGGCUCCCCCUCUGGCGCUGAGGGUGGGCGAAUUCCUACGCCUACGUCUCGCCCAGGUCACAUUUGACCCCUCGCAACCACCGUAUGACUCGGUGCAGAUCUACGGUCUGGAGGGUACCGGGUCCCGCGCCGGAUCGCUGAGCUCACUCGAGAGCGAAGGAGAGAAGGACGCGGACAAGGAGGACUGGGGUGCCGGAUUGGAAGAGUGGGGGCCCCGCUUCCACAAGUUAGCUCAGCUCUUCCGAGACCGAGAGAAGGAGAAAGAAGAAAAGGAACAAGUUGAAGAUGGUGCCAAAGAGGAGAAAGCGAAGCCCGAUAAAAGAGGGGGGCAAAGGAAGGAGAGAGGGCUCGAUGUGAAGGGAAAGACUGAAGAAGGAUAAAAGAAGAAAAAUUGGGGUAAAGGGGCGAAAGAGGAAGGGAGGGGAGGGAAUGAUGAAAAGACUACCAGAACCAGACUAAUGUGACGAGAAGUUAAAGGGGAGAAAGAUGAAGAGGCAAAGUAAUAAAAAGAGACAGAGAGAAAUGAGCCCAGGGAGGGUGAAGAACGCGAAAGGGAAGGGGAGGCAGUGAUUGAUGUAAUUUAAAGCAAUAAGUGUUGAAGCACUGAUAUGGUCAAGCACAGAUACCGAGACAAUGCACAGGAUGCUUCUGCUGCCGGCGACAGCUGUUUGUUCAAACUUUGGACAAAGGAAAAAAAAAACAAACACAACCCAAAUACACAGUGCACGAUUGAAUCCGGCGUGUACACGUGCAGUGGCAAACCGCGGGGAAAACAGGUUGUCCUUUUAACUCUGGGUUUCGAAGGUCGUAGGAAGAAGCUUGCGAUUGUCUUUUCUGAGCGGACGUACAGUAUGUGUGUGUAUGUUAAACAAAGACAAAGCGCGAAAUGUUCAUUCUCAAAAAUAACUGCAAGAUGACUAAAGGAUGAAAAAAUAUAUAUACAGUGAUACGUUGACUUUAGAGUUCAGUUUGUUCCCCGGAACUCUUUGCUCAAAUCACUCCCAUGUCAAAUCAGCUUUCCCCAUUAAAAUGAAUGGAAAUGCCAACAAUCUGUUCCGGCAACUCAAAAACGGCCACCAAAUCUUGUAACAGGUUUUUCCUAGAGCAGGAUUUACUGACUUCUCGUAAGACUCGUAAGUUCAGGUAUCACUGUAUGCUCUUUUGCAGAUACAUUGCCGUGAAUAGAAUAUGAACUGCUUUUCUUGAAGAUUUUUGGUUAGCUUUCAGAGCCCGGCUGUUGACUAUUAGCCGUGUACUCUCACACAUCCAUGCGUCAGUAAAUACAGUUUCCGAUCAUUUCAGUGUUGUGUAUAAUAUGAACGAAAAUUAAUGCAGUUUUAGCCCUCAAAAUAAGACACUGCUUAAAACUUAACAUUCCUCCCCAUCAGCGUUUUGCGACGGGUGGUUCAAAUGUCAGACGACUUAGUCCGUGUCCGUAUGAGUUGUGAACCGUUACAUUGCAAGCAAACUUUUGUAAAGGCUGCACAUACCUCAUUCACUGCAAUGUAUCUGUUGUAUAUUUUAUUUUUCUCUGGGAUUUAUGAGAUAUGAUAUCCCAAACAGCAAAGACAUGAAAAUAAGAUUGAAUAUAUAUUUAAAUAUAAAGUGAUAAUAUAUAGACAGAGGCGGUUGAGACCACUGUCAAAAAAUAACAAUGAAAAAAUAUAUAUUAAAAAAAACAACAACUUUUUAUUCAAUUUCCAAUGGCAGAAUGGUCCAUUUUUCAGCUUGCUGCUUCAUUCCAAAUGGAAACGACGACUCAAAUAGAGAAAAAGACUCCUUUCAGUCCUCGAGGAAAACAGACAUUGUGAAGAUUUCAUGAUGCGAUCCCCACCCCAGUCCCACGCUCCCUCUCGUUGCCCAUCUUUUAGUGGUUCGGUGUUGCUAUGUUUACAAAGACGCGCGCGUAGGAACACGUGGAACUCAUUGACACACUUUGGCUUUGAUUGUACCGCAGUCAGUUCUAAAAGCAAACGCAUCGACUGUAUGGAGCAACGACGAGUCAGUGACUAAUCUCGUAAAUGUUUUCUAGAAGAACAAUUUUUUUAUGUGGAAACAAACAGCCCCAUUUGUCUCACCUGAUGCGUCUUGAGGGCACAGACUUCACGACUUUUGGGGAAAAGGGUUGAAGACAAAAACGCUUCGUCCAGAUCCCACUUGAGAAUUCAGACCGCCCAAAUGAAUUUCCUCCUCCUCCUUUCAACAACACCGUGACGACUCUUUUGCUUUUCCUGUAAAAGGUCGGGAUGCAAAUGAUUUUUCAAGCCUGAACUGCACUUUCAUACUGUGUCAUAGAUGGUGAUUUAUGUUCAAGAUUGUAGUUGUCUUUAUAAGAUGUGGAUUAAGGAAAUGCUACAAGAGUUUGACCGUGUGUCAAAACAAAUUAAAUGUAAACUAGCGCUGGAUACUCUUGCAGAGAGAGAACGAGAGAGAAUAAUAAAUGAAUUUUGUUUACCUUAAGCAGAAGCGGAACUUACUGUACAUGUCCAAAUGGAUCACUGUUUAGGACGGUCUGUAUGUACUGUAGAUUAGAAACAAAAAAAACGAAAUUGGAUUCGACGGCGGCGUGGAGUGAACAAAACGCCCGAUUGUGUUUCGUGACAACUCCGAGCCGCUCUCUGGGAUUCGUGCCCUCGGAGCGAAGUUUACUGUGCAAAAUAUUAGUCAAUGGAUGCUUCAGCACAGAGAAACCUUCUUUGAUGAAAAGGCAGUCGAGUGGAUUGAAAGUCUAUUAAAAUGCUAAAAUAAAAAUCCAGUUGAAAUAGUUUCCCCCCCCCAACUGUCGACUAACACCCUGAUAUGGAAUUAAGAAUUGGUUUCAAGGGCAUAGUUAUCAGCGUUGCAUUGCCUGAGAGGUCUGGAAAUUGUUCAUACAGACGAGCCUCUUUUCCAGGUAUCCACGUUUUCACCGCUAUAACGUUCACAUUUUAAAAUCCCGAUUUCCCGUCAUUCAUUUUGCCGAUUUUGCCGACAACAAACGCCUUUAUAACCGAAACUUCAAUAAUCACGACCGGGUUUUUUUCCCACAAAAUAGUGAAAAGGCUUUCGCGACGACAAAACGUGGGAAGCUAACUGCCGCCGCGACUUUGCUUAGGAACAAAUAUACAGCGCGAGAUUGCCCUCCGUUGCUUAGCAACCCUGCUGAUCGACUAGUUACGUCAUCGUCCUUCCGGCAGCGCACACGCUCUGAAAACAACGUCAGGUAAACGGAAGCAAGUCUCGCUGUCUUUGAAGGCUCACUUUGGAAAGGGCGUCUCCCACAAACUGAGCCGAGACUACGAAUUGGCAAAGAUUUCGACAAUCAUCCGUAAUGGCAACAAAAAUCACAGUAGACUUCGAGGCCGACAGAUUGAAAGAUGAUCAGAUCCCUAUUUAUACACAUUUAUGAUUUUCCACGAUGUAAAGGUUCAAAAAAUAUAUUUUUGGGAGAGUUUUCCUAUCAGGUUGGAAAUGUAUUAGUGCACAGAUGUUUAGCAAAAGGAAGUUUUGUUGUGCCAUUAAAAAACAAACAAACAACAACAAC